AUGAUUAAGUUGCAAGUGAAAGUUAUUUCUUGGCUUUUUAUAAUUUUAACAGCAUUUUUAUGCGUGCCGCAAAUUGAAAGCAUAAAUACCAAUUUCCUUGAGCUGGCCGCCUUCGAGGACUUUUUGCGCUCGCAGCACUUGAGCCAGGUCCUGGUCGUCCGCAACGGCGAUGCCGAUGGCGACUGGCAAGUUGAAUGCCACCAGAAAUUGUUGUCCAACUAUCGCGUGCAAUUUUACCGGCCAGGAAUUUCAGAGAAUUUCGAGGACCUCAUGUUCUAUGGGUCGCCGCGCACAGCGGUCCUGGUGUUGAAUUUAAGGCACAUCCUUGUGAGGCAACAUGUCCUUCGGGCUGCCUCUGAGGCAGGGUUCUUUAACAAUUCGCUGGCGUGGUUUCUUCUUGGCUCCAACACCGAAUCCCAGCCAGACGAGCGGCUGAUUGAGGAGCACUUCAGUGGCUACAGCAUGGGAAUUGAUGCGGACAUCACGGUGGUUCUGCGGCCUCAGGAUAACACUUCCUGGUUGCUUUACGAUGUUUACCGCAUCAGCUCCCGAGUACCGACCCCCCUGAUAAUUGAAAAAAAGGGUCAAUGGACUGCCUCAGGAGGCUACCAGCUUUUGGAUAAUUAUAAAAAAACCUGGGUGAUUCGUCGACGAAACUUUGGACAAAUCACCUUGCACGGCAGCACAGUGUUAACAGAGAAGCCUCCUGGAUUCGAUGACAUGGCCUACCUGGCUGACGAAUUUCACCUACAGGAACGGGACCCAAUGCAGCGUAAGAACUAUCAGUUGUUCAGGCUUGUGGAGAGCAUGUACAAUCUCAGCCUGGCCAUCAGUUUCACGGACAAGUGGGGCGAACUGCAGGAGAAUGGCAGCUGGAGCGGAGUGAUGGGUGAGGUGUUGAGUGGCAGCGCUGACUUUGCCGUCCCCAUGCGCUUUGUGCUGGACAGGCAACCGUACAUUCAGUACUCGGCUGUGUUGCACACCCAGGACCUUCACUUCAUUUUCCGGCAUCCGCGACACAGCCACAUCCGGAAUAUAUUCUUCGAGCCCCUAAGCAACCAGGUGUGGUGGUGUGUCCUUGCCCUGGUCACAGGGAGUACUCUACUCCUCUUCCUACAUGUGCGGCUGGAGAGGAGGCUGCAGAGGUCCCAGGUGGAGGGCCGCCUGUCCUUUGUCUGGUUUAGCAUGCUUGAGACGUACCUUCAGCAGGGACCUACUACUGAGCUUUUUAAACUAUUUUCCACCAGAAUACUGAUCAGUUUUACUGGAAUUUUCAGCUUCAUGUUGAUGCAGUUCUACGGAGCCUUCAUUGUGGGCUCUUUGCUCUCGGAGAGUCCAAGGAGUAUAGUCAGUCUGCAGGAUCUGUACGAUAGCAAUUUAGUCAUUGGCAUGGAGAAUAUAUCCUACAACUUUGCUAUAUUCACGAAUACCAGUAACCAGCUCGUAAAAACGGUUUUUGCCGAGAGAAUUUGCGAGCACAACAUCCUGACGCUUCAGCAGGGCGCUGAUAGGAUUAUCCAAGGACGAUUUGCCUUUCACACCGCCAUCGAUCGCAUAUACAGGCUUCUGAUGGACCUCCAUAUGGACGAGGCAGAGUUCUGUGAGCUUCAGGAGAUUAAGUUUAAUCCGAAAUACACCACGGGAUCAGUGAUGCCCAAGGGUUCGCCAUGGAGGGAGCACAUUGCCCAUGCAUUGCUCCAUCUUCAGGCCACCGGACUUAUGGGUUACAAUGACAAGAAGUGGAUAGUGCGACGGCCAGACUGCAGCCUAUAUAAGGCUUCCAAGGCAGAUGUGGAUCUGGAGCACUUUGCCCCGGCACUUUUCACCCUGGUUCUAGCCAUAAUGGCCAGUGCCAUGGUCUUUCUGCUGGAACUUCUUGUGCACUAUAUGCCGGACCUCCGAAGGAGGUUGCGAGCCAUGUCCACUUAA